AUGGACGCGCUCGAUUCAAAACCAGAGACAGAGGCAACGGGGCCAGGGCGCGAGGAGAACUCAAACAGCCUUCCUUCGCCCAGCACAUCCAGCCCGAGACGCACGAGCACUAUCGGCCUUGUCGAUAGAGCAGCCAAGGCAGUGCGCACACAGAUGGACUGGCUGAGCACAAGAGAGGCGUGGUUAGGAUCCUACAAUUAUCGACGCCUAUUCCAGCCUCGAUGGCUGCCUUGGGCUAGAAGGUAUCGCACAGGAGCACCUCCAGAGCAUGCUGGCGAACUGCCGUUCUACGGCCUCAAUGACCCUUUACCGAUCGUCUUGGCUGCCAUCUGCGGCUUGCAGCACUGUUUGGCUAUGCUUGCGGGUCUCAUCACUCCUCCAAUCAUCGUGGCUUCCACAUUCUCCCUGGACGCCUCGACUAGCUCUUAUCUCAUCUCGGCAUCCCUAAUCGCUAGCGGCCUUUUGUCUCUGCUGCAAAUGUCGGCCAUACCGCUCUCCUUCAUUCCGCUGAGGUUCUUCAAGGACAAGCAAAUCGGCACGGGCAUAAUCAGCGUCGUUGGAACGAGCUUCAACACUCUAUCCGCAGCUUCGAGCAUCUCCACUGCGCUCUACGCGGAUGGCGUGUGUCCUACCAGUCCACAAGGCGCUCGAUUAUCAUGUCCGCAAGGCUACGGCUAUCUGCUUGGCACAUCUGCGCUCUGCGCAUUGCUCCAGAUUGGCAUCAGCUUCGCCCCCGUCAAGCUUAUCCGUCGCGCAUUUCCGCCACUCAUCACGGGUCCCGUCGUCUUUCUCAUCGGCGCCAAUCUGAUCGGCAGCAGCGGGUUCCUGGAUUGGGCGGGUGGCAGCGGGGAAUGCUCAUUCCGGCCCGCAAGCGGACAAUACUCGGUGUGUCCUCAAGUGGGCGCCCCUCACGCUCUGCCUUGGGGAUCACCCGAGUACCUUGGCCUUGGCCUCUUCUCUUUCAUGACCAUCGUCUUUGUCGAGCUGUUUGGCUCGCCAGCGAUGAGAUCGGCCAGCAUCGUCAUCGGACUCAUCAUUCCGACCGUCACGGCAGGUAUAGGAGGAGGCUACACUUCGCGCUCGUCCAUCGACGCUGCUCCCCCAAUCACCUUCCUCUGGGCGGACACUUUUCCGCUUCGAGUCUAUGGACCUGCCGUCUUACCGUUGCUGGCAGUGUAUCUGUCCAUGACAGCAGAAGCCACUGGAGAUAUCACGGCAGCGUCGGAGAUGAGUCGGCUGAGCGUGCAGGGAGCAGACUUUGACAGGCGAAUUCAAGGCGGUAUCCUCAGCGACGGCCUGGGUGGACUGUUAUCAGCGCUGGGAACCAUCACGCCGCUGUCGGUCUUUGCGCAAAAUACUAGCACCAUCGGCAUGACUCGAGUGGCCAAUCGGCGAGCGGGCUACUGGUGUUGCGGCUUCUUGGUGCUGUUUGGAAUCUUGGGCAAGAUGGCUGGCGCCAUCUUGGCCAUCCCAGCACCAAUCCUGGGCGGUGUGACGAGCUUCUUGUUCGCUAGCGUGGCUGUCGCUGGCCUCUCGCUGAUCGCGCGAGUCGACAUGCAAAGCCGCAGGAUUCGAUUCGUCCUGGCAUCAUCCCUGAUGAUGGGAUGCGGUAACCUUUUGGUCAAGGAUUGGGCGACCUAUCUGCUUCCAAGCACUGGUAAUCACGCUUUGGCAGGAUUCUUUACGUCGAUCAAGGUGCGCGCUUGCUCAGCUGCCGCUCCAUCAGCUUCUUCCUGAUGACCACUCUUGCUUCCCCGCACUUGCCGCAGAUUCUGAUUCAGACCCCUUUCGUCAUCGCUGCAUUGUGAGUCGUCUGUGCAGCCUCUUGUCGUAAUCUUUGCAAAGGUGUUUGCUGACGCUCUUCAUCUCGACGUGCAGCACUGGACUUGUGGCCAAUACCAUCUUACCAUACGACGGCGAAGAUUUGGCAGCGGAAGAGCGCGCACAAAAAGCCUCCCAAGCGUCUGCGCUAGAGCUUGAAAUGGCUGUUCCAAGCGCUUAUCACAAAGGCGCUACGACAAGCUCAACUUCUGUGGUAAGCGCAGCAGGCGAUGAACAAGACGCGGAACAUGAGAUUGGGACAAGGCAUAAGCAGCAGUGA